AUGGAGGGAAAGGAGGGAGGGGAAGGGGAAGGGGAAGGGAUUGAUCGAAAGAAAAAAAAGAUUUUUCAGCUUUUUAAAACUAACCGGCUGACUGGACUGUUGUAUAUGUGUGUGUUUAUUGCAAAUAAGAAUGGGAACUUUGGGUGGGUGGAGGAGGAGGAAAGAAAGGAAAGGAAGGAGAUAAGAGAAGGGAAGAAGGGAAGAAGAACACUAUCAAACAACAUUAAUUCAUCAAAGCUUCUUCCAUUAAGCUGCUUUUACCUUUUCCCUGUCUGGGACUUGAUUAAAUCCAGAUUUAUCUAA